AUGCUUGAUUUGAAGGAAAACUCUGAAAUAUAUAUUACGAAACAAAUAACCAUUAAAACUGUCUUGCAUUCAUUAACUCCUAUUGAAUAUAUACCAAUAAGCAAAGAUGAAGUUGUGAUAGUUUAUUAUGUUGAAAGGUGGCAAGAUAUAAAUGUGACAUUUGCAGAU